UUACCAUCAAAAAGAUUUUAAAGCUCAAUUUAAACAUAAUUUAUAGGUAUCAGGAAUCCAUUACCCUAUCAAACUGUCUCUUUAUUUUCAGGAACAAUAGCCUCUAAAUACACGCUCGUUAAAUACAUUCGUUUAAUGACAUAACCUCUACUCUCACUUUCAGUAUACCUUUCGGCCACUCAACUAACAAAAUUUAUUCACUUCAAUAAUCAACCUGAAAACAUUAAAGAAAAAAUCAAUACAGAAUAUUUAAAAUGAGAGUCGUUAAAGUGUGUAAGCAAAUAAAGCUCUACGUACCGUAUAUAUAUACAAAAUUAUAAAGUUGUCGAUUUUUAAGAAAAGUGAAUUAAUGAAUACCAUAUCGAUUCUCAAUUUAUCGAUUAACCCUCCAUGGAGGUCUAAGAAAUUACCACGAUAAGAUUCUACCCCAAGAUAAAGUUUAAAGGAGGUGAUGGAGUCACUGAAGAAUAUACCUGAGUUCUUCGCAGGCCGGUCAGUACUCAUCACUGGGGGUACAGGCUUCAUGGGCAAAGUUCUUGUUGAAAAAUUGCUAAGGUCCUGUUCUGACAUCGAAACUAUUUAUCUACUCAUCAGGCCAAAGAAGGGCCAAGAAGUUCAGGAAAGGCUUCAAGAUCUUCUCAAUCUCCCGAUAUUCGAUGAGGUUCGCAGCAGAACUGGAGUAUUACAGAAAAUCGUCCCAAUUCAAGGAGACAUAACACAACCUAAAUUAGGUAUGAGUUCAGAAGAUCAAAAUUUGGUGAGGAGCAAGGUAUCUGUGAUCUUUCACGCAGCAGCUACAGUCAAGUUCGAUGAAGCUCUUAAGAAGUCAGUGGCCAUGAACAUGUCAGCCACUAAAUACGUUAUUGAUCUGGCACUGAACAUGAGCAAGCUAGAGGCAUUGAUACAUGUAUCGACUGCAUACUGUAACUGCGACAGAUUAGAAAAUGAAGAACAGGUUUACCCAGUAAGUUUUGCUCCAGAACAAAUUCUGACAGCAGCUCAAACUCUUGACAGUGAAUUACUGGAUGUACUAACUCCAAAAUUAUUGGAUGGCCGACCAAAUACAUAUACCCUAACAAAAGCAUUAGCUGAACAAAUAGUAAAUGAAAAAAAUGGAAUAUUGCCGAUUGCUAUUAUUCGACCAUCAAUAGUGACUGCAGCAUGGAAGGAACCUAUACCAGGUUGGGUAGACAACAUGAAUGGACCUACAGGAAUAUUUGUCGGUGCAUGUAAAGGGAUACUCAGAUCCCUCUAUUGCGAUAGAGACUGCAUUGCAGAUUUAAUACCAGUAGACACUGCCAUAAACCUUUGUAUUGCCGUAGCUUGGUAUACUGCUAUUUACAGACCUCACAAAAUAAUAGUCUACAAUUGUACAACUGGAACGUGCAAUCCUAUUUAUUGGGGUGAUAUAGAAAAAUGGUUUCAUUACUAUCUAUAUGCUUACCCAUCAGGGGAUGUUUUUUGGUAUCCGGAUGGUUCCUUUAAGAAACAUCAAAUCGUCCAUAAACUUGCUGUAACACUAUUCCAAAGAUAUCCUGCAUAUUUAUUUGACUUUUUCAGUUUGAUAUGCGGAAGAGAACCUAUGAUGGUGCGUAUACAGGAUAAAAUUUUAAAGGCAACUUCCACAUUAGAAUUCUUUACUAUAAGGAAUUUCAAGUUUAAAAAUGAUAAUAUGAUGACACUCUGGAAAAGCAUGUUAGCUGAGGAUAAAAACGUAUUUAGCUUUGAAUUAAAUUCUCUAAAUUGGGCAUCAUAUAUUGAAACAUAUGUUCUUGGUAUUAGAAAGUACAUCCUGAAGGAGGAUCCUAAAACCAUUCCAUUAGCAAGAAAAAAAAUUAUAAGAAUGUAUAUUCUUCACUUGGUUUCACAAGCUACUGUUGUUACUAUUUUCUGCUGGCUGUUACUCAGAAGAUCAACUUCAACACGGGAAAAACUGCUUGGAACCGUCAACAUUUGUUUCAAAUUGAUGAAAAAAUUUAAAAAAUUUACAUGAUCAUUGUUAACACCAAAAGUACCUUUAUUUUCAUAACUUUGUCUGUUUAUAAGACCAAAAAGGUUCCUUGAUUUUGAAUUACAAAAAGUAUUAAUGUUGUUACAUUAAUAACAAGACUUUUUGUACAAAAGAAUGCUUAUGUAUAACACUUAUUAUGUACAUAAUAAGUG